AUGCAGCUUCAAGAAGUCAUUAUCUGUGGAUCUGCGUCAUCGACGAGCACAGCGGGAUCCGGGGCCGUCACUUUUCACGAUAUUCAGACGGGCAGUUCUCUCGCCUCCUUUAAACAAACAAGCUCUGCGUCUCACUGCACCGCAGUAGUCAACACAAGAGAUGGUCAAGGCGGAUUCAUACUCGCAGCUCAGCCAGACAAAACGAUCCUGAACAUGUAUAGCUUUCAAAAAGAUCAAAUAGCCCUCAAAAUCGUACUUCCAGAACGCUUGUCAUGUAUCUCAGUCGAUAAUCAAGGGACGUUCUGCGCUGGAGGCACCGCACAGGGUCGGAUCUAUCUAUGGGAGAUCGCCUCCGGAAUUCUUUUUAAUUCAUGGGAAGCUCACUAUCGGCAGAUAUCUGUCCUCCGCUUUUCACAUGACGGCACCGCGUUGUUUUCGGGCAGUGAGGACUCCGGCGUGAGCGUUUGGUCAGUGUCGAGACUAGUUGACGAUGACCUUCAAAGCGAACUGCCAACGUCAUACACUCAACUUUCCGACCAUACACUACCCAUUACCGAUAUUGUUUGCGGUGUCGGCAGCUUCCCGUCGUGCCGUCUCCUCACAGCAUCAGUGGACCAUUCCGUCAAGCUUUGGGACUUGUCGUCAAAGACGCUCCUCACCACGUUCCAUUUCCCUCAUGCCAUCGCAUGCAUUGCGUGGGACGUCACCGAACGGCUAUUUUUCGCAGCAUCUACGGAUGGUUCGAUACACCAAGUCAACUUGUUCAGCGUGCGCGAAGACAAGACAGGCGGAAGAAUCACAGAGGCGGUCGGUGGGGCUGGAGUCAGCGAUAUCAUUAGAAUUGGAGAUCAAGAUCCUCGAGAGGCUAAAAAGCGUUUGAUCAGUAUUGGAGAACCGGUGACAACUCUCAAGAUCUCACUCACGACGUCUUUGCUCCUGGUCGGCACCUCAACGGGCCUCAUCAAUAUCUACGACAUUCCUUCCCGCCAGCUCCUCCGCAGUAUCACGACACACGGCGGCUUCGGUAUCACAUACUUGGACACGAUGAUCAAACCGCCAGACUUGGUGGGGCACGUCAGCCUGAGCCUGAGCGUUGGUGGUGAGAAGGGCGGCGAAAUGCCCGUUCGACCUGUCAUGCCCUUCCAACGGAUGCGCGAAGCGAAAGCAAGAGAGGCACACGAGGUCACGAUGCUCCUGCCUGUCCAGAAUAAGCCAACGCUGGAAUCAGUGACUACAUAUUCUUCCGAGGAACUCCUCCGUGAUUAUGCUGUCUUUGUGCAACCAGUAUCCGAUGACGCGCCUACUGUAUCGUUACAAUCUCGCGUGGCAGAGCUCGAGGACGAGGUUUUACGUCUUCGUGGGCAGCUCGACCGUGCCAAAGAAGUGAACGACGUUAUCUGGCAGACUGUGGUGCAAAAGUCUUCUCGUCCUGACGACGUCUCGAACUCAUCGAAGGCUGUUUGA